CAUACAUGGUUCACUUCCUGCUGCAGAGCCUGUUCUACUGCUUACCUGGGAGAGGGAGAGUGUCGUAAAAGAGGGAAAAGACAGCCAGGAGAAAAAUAGAGAGAGGGAGAGGAGAAGAGUGUGGGGGAGACAGCCCUAGUGUCUCCCUCUCCUCCCUGGUCAAUCCAGAUCCAGCCCUUUCUGGCCCCGAGUCUGUUGGAAAAUUUUGGUACUGUAUAGAGAUCUGAACUGUAUUUCUACAAACAUUGGAAAUGACCUCCGUCACAGGUACCAUGAUGAGUCGAAGCAUACCAGUCGAAGUUGACGAAUCUGCAUUCUGGGCCCCAUUUCCAGAACAGUCACUGGAAGAGGCUUUGAUGCCUUCUGAUGAGAAUAUAGAUAAUUCAGAACCCUUAGGGCCUUACCCAGCCCAAAUGUCUCAUGCCAUGGCCAGUCAGCCACAUUUUGACAAACUCUCUGAACCUACAUAUUAUCACCAGGCUAUACCACACAAUGUACGGGCUGAGGAGAAUGACAGCAGCCUGUGGGUAAGGCAUCAAGAUUCUGGAAAAGAUGUACCUUCCUGUUCUUCUGGUGAAUCAGAGGUUGAAAUGUUCCUAUCUAAGCCUCAUCUGUUGGCUAUGGAAAAAUCAAGCAAGCCGUUGAGAUCUCAGCUUUCAACGGAUUCUCCUGAUACUGGCCACAACUCUAGUAAAUCAAACAAAAGUUUAUCUGAUGCUUCCCAGAAUUCACUUGAUGAUGACAACCAAGAGAACUCGCAGUCAUAUCAGCCCUUAGAUGACAGAGCACCAUUGGACCUACCAACUGUAGAUACUGGAUAUGAUUCUCAAUCUCGAGAUGUCAUGGGCAUCAGACAUUUGGAACCUCCGUUACCACUUAUAUCUGGCUUUAACCGCCAGGACCUUCCAGGACCAUUAAUAUCCAGAGAGUUUCCUGGUGCUGAACCUCAACGAUGCCCUGUUUUCCAACGAGUGCCUCACCCUGAUGUUUCUUCACAAGCUCCAUGUCACCUUAGAAAUCAGUAUCCGGUUGAUCCAUACUAUCAGCCUCCAUAUGGAAGAGCUCCUUACCAUGCAUCUCAGCCAGUGCCUCCUGUUCCUGGACCUUGCCUGAGAGUCACCCGUCCAGCCCAGCAAGUAAUCCCUCAUUAUUCUAAUCCUCACGCUCUUCCUAAGUGCAAUGGAGAAAGAAUAGCACAGAGAGAACGCUCUUCUUCUGUACACCCGCAAUUCCUAAACCAGUUCUACAACCAGCUACCUAAUGGAGGGCCGCCACCAAAUGCAUACGCCCCAAUGGAGGAAUGCCUGUGUCCUCCUCACUGUGCAGAUCAAAUGAUCAAUUUUCCACCCCCUGCUGCUGUCCCAAGACCUCCCAGUAACCCUGCAGCCAAGGGAACUCUGAGAACAAGCAAUUUACCAGAAGAGCUGCGUAAAGUUUUUAUAACCUAUUCCAUGGAUACAGCUAUGGAGGUCAUGAAAUUUGUGAACUUUCUGCUUGGAAAUGGAUUUCAAACUGCAAUUGAUAUAUUUGAGGACACAGUACGAGGUAUCGACAUCAUUAAAUGGAUGGAACGCUACCUAGGUGACAAGACGGUGAUGAUAAUCAUAGCAAUCAGUCCAAAAUACAAACAGGAUGUUGAAGGGGCUGAAUCCCAGCUGGACAGGGAUGAACAUGGCUUACAUACUAAAUACAUCCACAGGAUGAUGCAGAUUGAGUUUAUACAACAAGGAAGCAUGAACUUCAGAUUCAUUCCUGUGCUUUUCCCAAAUGCUAAGAAGGAACACGUGCCUACCUGGCUUCAGAACACUCACGUUUAUAACUGGCCAAAAAAUAAAAAGAAUAUCCUGCUGCGUUUAUUGAGGGAAGAGGAAUAUGUUGCUCCUCCAGUAGGACCUCUGCCAACCCUCCAGGUUGUGCCAUUAUGAACAUUAUUACUUAAAGUGCAGGACAAGCAAUUGUUAAAGUUUUGUGUUGGCAAGGAGCCAGGAUUCUUCCAGAUGGUCUUUUCUGGUGAUGGAAGGCACUCUCUCUGCUAAAGGAGUUAGUUGUUUUGGGUAACGCAGGCUCAGUUCCCUGACUUGUUCUCUGCUGUAUCAAACAUCUCUUUCUGAAGCUGAUGGGGGAUAAUUCCUUUCCCUUGGCUUUUAAACAAACUGCUAAUGGAAAGAAUGUCUCAUUUUAUAUAUUUUCACUGCUGUUUUUAACAUACUGUUUUGCUAGUCUGCUGUAUAAGUAUUUUCUACAAAUGAUGUUGCAUUAAGUUUUAAAAAAUUACACCUUCCUUGUUUGGUCAGGGUUUCUUUGCAGAUAUUCUGUCACUAUGCUGCAUUCUCAAAUUGCUUGAUGUGUGCACAAUAAAAUGUAUUCAUCUUU